AAAAUGAAUCCUUUCAAGCUCGGUUCUCUUCUUUGAAAAAUACACUUGGCCAGUUUAGCUGCUCCACAUGGCCGAUUCUUGCACUUCAAAAUUUUUGUACCAUUUGGCCUUGUUGGGAUUCGUGGUUCUUAUUACUGGGCUUGAAUAUGGCACAAUGGCCAGUCAAAUUGGUCUAGGUUCGAGGUUGUUUGCUCGGGAGAACAAAGCUUGGCUCUCUGACAAUGGUACUUUUGCCUUUGGCUUCACCCCAAUGGAGAAUGGAGAUGACAGACUUCAACUGGCAAUUUGGUUUGCAAAGCUUCCCGGAGACCGUACAGUAGUCUGGUCACCUAACAAAAACUCUCCGGUCACGAAAAACGCAUUCUUGGAGCUUGAUAACGCCGGAAACCUCGUCCUUUCCGACGGCACCACCAUAUGGGCCUCAAACACAUCCCGUGCCGGAGUUCAAGCCGCCACCAUGUCAGAAUCCGGCAACUUCAUUCUAUACAACGACGUCAACCGCCCUGUUUGGCAGAGCUUUUUACACCCAUCAGACACUUUGCUCCCGAACCAACCUUUAUCAGUCAAGUUAGAGCUAACGACAUCGAAAACAGACUCAAGAGAAAGCUACUACGCUCUCAAAAUGCUCCAAACACCAACUUCAUUAAGCCUCGCUCUGACGUACAAUCUCCCCGAAACGUUUGACUCUUCACCAGAUUCUUAUGCCAACUACUCCUACUGGCAAGGACCAGACAUAUCAAACGUAACAGGGGAUGUCGUCGCCGUUUUGGACGAAAUGGGUAGUUUCGGAAUCGUCUAUGGUGAAUCCUCAGACGGAGCCGUUUACGUGUACAAAAACGACGACGAUUAUGGUGGUUUAUCUUCGGCUACGAACCGGUCGGGCGGGUUAUCGGUUCUGCGGCGCCUGACUCUGGAGACUAAUGGGAAUCUUCGUCUUUAUCGCUGGGACGACGACGUUAACGGGUCAAGACAAUGGGUGUCCGAAUGGGCUGCGGUUUCGAAGCCUUGUGACAUUGCUGGGAUUUGCGGUAAUGGGAUUUGUAAUCUUGACAGAAGCCAAACUAACGCUUCUUGUACUUGUUUACCUGGGACAUUCAAGGUUGGAAAAGAUAACCAAUGUUCGGAAAAUUCUUCGUUGAUUGGAAAUUGUGGUCCUAGGAAGUCAUAUCAGAAAUCCCAGUUCAGGAUUUCAACGAUUCAGCAAACUAGCUAUUAUUACUCUGAUUUUUCUGUCAUAGCCAACUAUAGUGAUGUACGGAAUGUGUCAAAGUGUGGUGACGCUUGUUUAUCUGACUGUGAAUGUAUUGCUUCUGUUUAUGGUUUUGAUGAAGAGAAGCCUUAUUGUUGGAUUUUGAGGAGCUUGGAUUAUGGAGGGUAUGAGGAUACUGGAUCCACUCUGUUUGUUAAGGUUAGAUCGAACGGUUUGGGUGGCGCAGACGGCGGAGAAGGAUCUGGGGAUUCUUCAGGUGGUGGUUUGAAUAAGAAAGAAAAGGUUUUGGUUAUUCCUAUUGUUCUUAGCAUGACUGUUCUUAUUGCCCUCCUUUGUUUGUUACUGUACUACAACGUGCAUAGGAAAAGAGCCUUAAAAAGAGCCAUGGAAAGCUCUUUGAUUUUGGCUGGUACUCCAAUCAAUUUUAGCUACCGGGAUUUGAACAUUCGUACUUGGAAUUUCUCACAGAUCCUCGGAACUGGUGGAUUUGGAACUGUGUACAAGGGAAGCCUUGCAGAUGGUACUUUGAUAGCUGUAAAGAAACUUGACAAGGUUUUGCCACAAGGGGAAAAGGAGUUCAUAACUGAAGUCACUACAAUUGGCUCAAUGCAUCACAUGAACUUGGUUCGUCUUUGUGGAUAUUGUUCAGAAGGACAACACCGGCUUCUAGUUUAUGAGUUCAUGAAAAAUGGCUCCUUGGACAAAUGGAUAUUUCCCUCAUAUAAUUCCGGAUAUAGGAUGCUAGAUUGGCCAACUCGCUUCAGUAUUGCAGUGGCUACUGCUCAGGGGAUUGCUUACUUUCAUGAGCAAUGCCGUGACCGGAUCAUACACUGCGACAUCAAGCCGGAAAACAUUCUGUUGGAUGAGAAAUUUUCGCCUAAAGUUUCGGAUUUCGGACUAGCUAAGUUGAUGGGAAGAGAGCAUUCUCAUGUUGUCACAAUGGUUAGAGGAACUAGAGGCUAUUUAGCUCCAGAAUGGGUUAGUAAUCGGCCUAUAACCGUGAAAGCCGAUGUUUACAGUUAUGGCAUGCUACUUUUAGAGAUUGUUGGUGGCCGGAGGAACCUUGACAUGUCUUUUGAUGCAGAUGACUUCUUUUAUCCUGGUUUGGCUUUUAAGGAAAUGACAAAUGGAACUCCAAUGAAAGCUGCGGACAGAAGACUUGAAGGAGCAGUAGACGAAGAAGAACUCAAUAGAGGAUUGAAAGUAGCGUUUUGGUGUAUUCAAGAUGAGGUUGUCAUGAGACCUACAAUGGGAGACGUAGUGAGAAUGCUAGAAGGAUCAAUGGACGUUAACAUGCCACCAAUGCCACAAACGGUGUUGGAGUUAAUUGAAGAAGGCUUAGAUGAUGUAUACAAAGCCAUGAAAAGAGAAGUGAACCACUUUAGCUCUUUCACCAUGACCACCCACCCUUCUUCUCGUGCCACUUGUAGUUACUCUACAAUGUCUCCUAGAUAAUCAAAGCUGGACCACACACCAAAAGUCAAAUUUUUUGACAUUCAAUGACCCCAAUUUUGUCAACCUAAUCUAUAUCAAUCAAUUUAUCCAGAUGUGGAAAUAUCAUAUCAUCUAUAAAUCUUGUAUCUGACACAUGCAAUAAUAUAGUCAACACAAUACUUCUAUAUACCUGAAAAUUUUACAUAGUCAUGAUAGAAAAAGAAAGUAAAAUAUUUUAGUUUACACAUCAUUCUUAAUAGUAGAGCUGUAACCAGUUUGAUCAUCGUAAUACUUUGACCAAAGCAUGACACCACCAUAUUUAGAAGAACCCUUGAUUGAGGGAAGCACAUUUGAGGUGAGAUCUCCAGCUGGAAUGAAUCCGCUCCCGGCAGCAUCAGGCGCAGCAGGCAAUCCCAAGAAGAUUUUCUCAGCAGGAAUGGCCGAAGUCCAUUGUUUCCAAGCAUCUUCAAGAUUUGCUGUACUCCCGGGAUUGUACUGACAUGGGGGAUUGUUGUAAAAUUGAACCCAAACAUAGUCAAACAGACCUGUUAUAAGGGCAUUCCCAACCGAAGCAUCAGGGAAUGGACACUGUGGUGCGGCAGUUAAGUACACUUUCUUUCCUUGAUUACUAUACCCUGCAAGAUCCCUAGCCAAAUCAUCCCAAUGUUGGUCAUUCCCUCCUUCGAUGUCGAAAUCGAUUCCGUCCAAAACGGCUUCGCCCAGUGGUCUUGAAGAGGAUUGCCCUCCUAAGAAGUUGUUCCAAAGGUAGUCUGCUACUUGUUUAGCGUCGUCCGAUGACGCAAGCGAGUAGCUUCCUGCGCCUCCGCCGAUGGAGAGCAUUACCUUGAUGCCUUUGGCUUGACACGACUUGAUUUGUGAGCUUAAUUUCGUGCAGCCUUCGGAGUAGGCAUCGCAGUGGCCGGCCAGGUUUAUGGUAGGGGUUUGGCCAUUGCCAAACGAAGAGAGGAAAGCUAUGUUUACGAAAUCGUAGUUCCUUGUGGCACAAGUUUCUGCUAGUGUGCCUUCGUUGCCGUUUUGGCCCCAGUAAAUGGCAAUUCCACCCGCAUUAGAGCCCACAGCCAAAAAUAAAACCAUUAGAGAAAGCAAGAUUGCUUGUGUUGUCAUGGAAUGGGAGGCCAUAAUGUGUUGUUAAUUACUUACAGAUAUUAAUCUCUGUUUUACAACGUAAUAGUGCUUAAUUCCUUUUAUAUAGAAGAAAAAAAGAGGGCACACUCAAUUACCAGAUCAGUAAUCUUUAGUUGUGUUCGUUGGUUAUGACAGUCACGGCAAGGCGCUGAUCAUGGUCGUUGGCCGUGGCAUAACACCCACGUACGUACGUAGACCGCAUCUAUUACAUUGUAAUUUUUUACUAUAGCUUUUGUUCUUAUUAGACAAUAGUCGUAUUAUGUUCAA